UCAUCAGAUCUGGCAACCCCGGGGGCCGUGCACAUAGAGGAAGAGCUGAAGUUAGCCUAGCGCCGCGGACACACACGCAGCGCCUCCGAUCGCUCUUCUGCUCCACCAAACCAAACUCUUCUCUUCAGUUGAUGUUAUUUUAGCGACACUUCAUUCUCAUUACAAGGACUUUGGAGAUCGCUUCGCAGAGAUGAGCUUCCUUUUUGGCAGUCGCUCAUCCAAAACCUUCAAACCCAAAAAGAACAUCCCAGAGGGCUCGCACCAGUAUGAGCUGCUGAAGCACGCUGAGGCCACGCUGGGCAGUGGCAACCUGCGGCAGGCCGUCAUGCUGCCCGAGGGGGAGGACCUCAACGAGUGGAUCGCUGUCAACACUGUGGAUUUCUUCAACCAGAUCAACAUGCUGUACGGCACCAUCACAGAGUUCUGCACCGAGACCAGCUGCUCCGUCAUGUCUGCGGGACCAAGAUACGAGUACCACUGGGCCGACGGCACCAACAUAAAGAAGCCCAUCAAAUGCUCUGCUCCCAAGUACAUCGACUACCUGAUGACCUGGGUGCAGGACCAGCUGGACGACGAGACCCUCUUCCCCUCCAAGAUCGGAGUGCCGUUCCCCAAGAACUUCAUGUCCGUGGCCAAGACCAUCCUGAAGCGUCUGUUCCGGGUCUACGCUCACAUCUACCACCAGCACUUUGACUCUGUGAUGCAGCUGCAGGAGGAGGCCCACCUCAACACCUCCUUCAAGCACUUCAUCUUCUUUGUGCAGGAGUUCAACCUGAUCGACAGACGUGAGCUGGCGCCCCUACAGGACCUGAUCGAGAAGCUGGGCUCUAAGGACAGAUAGAGCCUCCACCCCCCUCCGUCUCUCUCCGCUGUGCUACCUCUGACUCUCUCUGAGCUGUGUGCCUUCUCCACACUCUCCACACUCGCCUCGCUCUCCUUCUCAUGCUGUACGCCUCUGAGCCUCAGCCUAGCGUCACUUUAGUCUACAGAACAUAGUCUAUUCUAGUACAUUUCCACUCCAGUACAGUCAGGAGUUCAGUGGACCAACGACAUUUGAUAUUUGUAGGGAAAGUCCACAGCUGUUACGUAGGGUACUUUGAAUACCUUAACAGAUUUUUCACCAGCUGUAUUCUUGUAACUCAUUUAUUUAGUGCUUUCUAGUUGGCAUAUCCAACUUAUUUCAAUCUGAAUUUAGAACGCGUUGCAAUUUGAAUUUGUUCUGACGUUAAUCUAAUCUGAACUCGUUUAACACAUGUCCAUAUUGUUGUGAUACUGUUAAAAGCAAGGGGUAGUUGGAUCUAAGCCUGUAGUCGACUAAAGUAAAUCUUUGUGGACUGAAGAUCCUGCUGAUCGAUUGGCUGACUAAAAAGAAAGCCCUCAAAACUAUUAUGCAUCUGUGUAUCUGACCCAAACUGCACUCACAUGAGUUCACCUGCAGGGGGAGUUCAUGCACAACAACUAUUUAUGCAGAAGAAAGUACUAAGAAACAAUGUGUUUAUAUAAAGACCGAUUCAACUGGCGAAUCAUGAGUUUAAUCAGACUUUUUACUUAUAAAUACCGAAAAAUACCUGUUUUCAGCUGUUUCAUAACUAACUUCUGCUGUUGCCCCACAUAAAUCUAAAUAAAAUGAUUAGACUAAAGACUAAAGGAUCACAGCCCUACUUGGGUCUGCAAUCUUUCCCCCAUGCAUAAAUAUAUACAAAAACAGACAAACACAUUAUCUUAUAAGUGAGAUUCUCCACAUUGCUUCCUUUCUGCCCAUAGAUUAAACUGUACUGCCCAUAGUUGUCCAGCAUUGGCUUCUGUGCUGUUUCAUCUCCCAUCCAGGACCCUAUGCUGACCACUGCCCCCGUACAAAAGCACAACUGGCCAGUGGAUCCCCUCUACUUCUCUUUUAUGUUUUGCACAUGUUUCACACUCCCUGAACAUUUCCAAAGUGAAUUACAUCAUGUGGUGCAUAUUUGUAAGGCUAUCAGACAUAUUGAAUCAUCACCACCCAUCCUCUCACAUUCCUCUGUUGUAGGGCCUCUAGUGCAGUGGACCCCAACCUUUUUUUUAAUCUCAUGUCCCCCCAAGCUUUGUCUCUCACUCCGAGGACCCCCUAACUCAGGUACCAGAUAAAGAAGACUGUUUACCAUAGAAGUAUAUUCAGUUAUUACUAUUCUAUUAUCUUUUUUUGUAAAGGAACUGUAUAUAGCCUGCACUUUUACAGUUUUUAAAAUAUAUAUGACCCUGUGUCUCUAGAACCUUAACCUGCAGAUAGAGACGCAUCCAAGUUUGUGUCAUUCUCAGUUUAUGGACAGGCCUCAUGUGAAAGCUCAGGCAUUUUAGGUUUAAACCAACUGGAUUUGAGAAUUGAAACUGGCAACACAAAUGAGAGACUUGUGCCAGGCUUCUGCUUUCUGAUUGGAUAAUCGUCUUGACAACCAAAGCACCAAAUUGUAGCCACAUUAUAUAAAAUGUUGUCCAAUAUUUUUAAAGAAUAAAUCAGCAUUAGAAUGGUUAUCGUUAAAGCUGUAGUUGAUUUGAACUUGUUUACCUCGUAUCUGGGGACAGAGAAAAUGUAAAAUCUAAGUCUUGUAUACAGUUCCUUUUAAUGAUAUUGAUUUAAAAUAUAUUCCAAAUUAAAGAUUUACGGUUAAGUUUACUAUUAAGAUUUUUUUUUAAUUAAAAGACUAUUAAGUUUCACUUUUUAAAAAUCUGACAUCAUUCCAGAUACUCCCCUUAAAUGCUCCCAUAGCCGUACCCCUGGUUGGUAAACACUGCUCUAGUUCCCCUCACAUAAAGAGAGACCCCUGGUGUAUGGACGCACCCCAAAUAUACUGCAAUAAUGCCAGUUUAACUUUAAGUUGGAUUAAAAGCUCUGGUACAGUUAAAGGUGCUCUAUGUAACUAGUGUCACUGCUAAAAUGACCCUCAAAAACAUUCUCCCUGUAGGCGGGUGAACAGAUGAGACCUUCACAUCUGCAGACCAGCAGACUGUUACAUAGUGCACCUUUAAACACACAUGCAAAUCAUAUACAUUUCCCACAUUUCUACACAGAUACCUUUAGAAGAUAGAUAUAUUUUCAUACAGAGUGUACCUUAAACACAUUUUACAGCGUCCUCUUAAUCAUGUUUUUGAUAAUGACGACAACAACAGCUUUUCUUCUUUUAUUCGAUGCAGCUACUACGUCCGUCUUAGGGAUAAUAUAUCGGUUAUCAGUUAUAUGGGAGGAUUCCCCAGAUAUCGGUCCGAUAUUGAAAACUUAGCUGAUAUUUGGUUUAGCUGUGCCCAUGUUUGUGUGUGUGCCCAUGUGGCAUUGCCAGUCUGUCCUCAGUGCAGGACAUUAGUCUUGACUUGUUUAUAUUCCAGAUGAAUACAUUUCCAGAUAAAUAGAUUUUAUUAUUUUUACAAAAGUGAAUUUGUAAAUUUCACUUGCAAAUAACGGAUAUCACCCACGAUAGCGAGGCAAGUAUCAGCUCAAUAUCGGACCAUCUCUACUUUUUCUCUCUCCUCCUGCCAUGUUUACUGAAAUGACUGCAUCUCCUCAAAUGAGCCACGCUGUUCAGUCUUCCUUUUACCACUUUACAAACCUCUGUCAGCUGUAUCAUAGAUUCCAGUUUUCAGAUAUCUCGCAUGACCAGCCUAUUUUAUUUCACAUUUUUUAAAGAUGUAUUGUUUUUUUUUUCACUUUUGUUUAUACCUGACACAGGGUUGCAUUUAAAAUUACAUUGUAGAAUUUGUGACUUUACUUUUUACUUUUUGUUUGUUUUUACAAUUGAAUAAGGAGCAAGGGCUUGAAAUGAAUAGUUUUAUAUAUUUUCAAAAAUGGUCCAAUCUUCACUGGGCAAGAAACAAGGAUGUACAUGCUGCGUUCGGAAUAGAAAUGUAAGAUGAAACAAUCUGUGCCUUGGUUCUUGUACAAAGUGUGACAUGACAGUAUUGGAAUAUACAGCUUCAAUAAAUACACUGAAAUUUU